UUAGUGCCCAGAGGGCGUGGGGAAAGGACAGGAGCCAGCAGCAACGCGCGGGGCUGGAGCAGCUGCCUGGGGACCAGACUGGAAGAUGCCUGGGAGCCCGGGCGCGCCCUCCUCUCCCGCAGCAUCCGCAGGUUCCUUCCGGGACGCGCCGUCGGGGAUCGCGGCAUGCCCGCCGCCUCCGCUCCCCCUGGCCCGGAGGUCUCCACCGGCCUCCGGUCCCCGACGCGGCGCCAGUGUCCCGCAGAAGCUGGCGGAGACUCUGAGCAGCCAGUACGGGCUGAACGUGUUCGUGGCGGGGCUGCUGUUCCUGCUGGCCUGGGCGGUGCACGCGGCGGGUGUGGGCAAGAGCGACCUGCUGUGCGUGCUGACCGCGCUCAUGCUCCUGCAGCUGCUCUGGAUGCUGUGGUACGUGGGCCGCAGCUACGUGCAGCGCCGCCUCAUCCGCCCCAAGGACACGCACGCGGGCGCGCGCUGGCUCCGUGGAAGCAUCACAUUGUUCGCAUUCAUCACCGUCAUCCUGGGAUGCUUGAAAGUCGCAUACUUCAUUGGAUUUUCCGCGUGCUUGUCAGCCACAGAGGGCGUUUUCCCGGUCACCCAUGCAGUGCAUACGCUGUUGCAGGUCUAUUUUCUCUGGGGCCAUGCUAAGGAUAUUAUCCUGUCUUUCAAAACCUUGGAAAGGUUCGGGGUGAUCCACUCAGUGUUCACGAACCUGCUGCUGUGGGCCAACAGCGUCCUGAAUGAAUCAAAGCACCAACUGAAUGAGCACAAGGAACGGCUUAUCACGCUGGGCUUUGGCAACAUCACCAUAGUUUUGGAUGACCACACACCACAGUGUAACUGCACACCACCUGCCCUCUGCUCUGCCCUCUCCCACGGAAUCUACUAUCUGUACCCCUUCAACAUCGAGUACCAGAUCCUGGCCUCUACCAUGCUCUACGUGCUGUGGAAGAACAUUGGGCGCAGGGUGGACAACUCCCGGCACCAGAAGAUGCAGUGUAGAUUCGACGGGGUCCUGGUGGGCUCGGUGCUGGGCCUGACAGUACUGGCUGCCACCAUCACGGUGGUUGUGGUGUACAUGAUCCACAUCGGGCGCUCCAAGUCCAAGAGCGAGUCGGCACUCAUCUUGUUCUAUUUGUAUGCUAUCACCGUGUUGCUGCUCAUGGGGGCCGCUGGGUUGGUAGGAACCUGGAUUUACAGGGUGGAUGAGAAAUCCCUGGACGAGUCCAAGAACCCUGCACGCAAGCUGGAUGCCGACCUCUUGGUGGCCACAGCCUCGGGCUCAUGGCUUCUUUCCUGGGGCUCCAUUCUGGCCAUUGCCUGUGCUGAGACCCGCCCGCCAUACACCUGGUACAAUCUGCCCUACUCUGUCCUGGUGAUUGUGGAGAAGUAUGUCCAGAACCUUUUCAUCAUCGAGUCGGUGCACCGCGAGCCUGAGGGGGUCCCCGAGGAUGUGCGCACUCUGCGCGUGGUCACCGUCUGCAGUGGUGAAGCUGCUGCACUGGCUGCAUCCGGUCUCGGGAGCCAGGGGUUGGCUCGGGAUGGGUCAUCUGCCGUCAAUGGGAAUCUGUGUCCGCAGCAGGGAUGCGGUAAAGACGACCAGGAGGCUGUCUGGGAAGGGGCUGCAGGCACAGUCCGCUGUCCGGACUUCCUGCAGGGCGGAGUCAAGAGGAGGCUCCUCAGAAACAUCACGGCCUUUCUGUUCCUUUGCAAUAUCUCGCUUUGGAUUCCCCCUGCCUUUGGCUGCCGCCCUGAGUAUGACAACGGUUUGGAGGAAAUCGUCUUUGGCUUUGAACCCUGGAUUAUUGUGGUCAACCUGGCCAUGCCCUUCUCCAUUUUCUACCGGAUGCACGCAGCUGCUGCUCUCUUUGAGGUCUAUUGUAAGAUCUAGCUUGAGUCCCCAUGAAAGGAGAAGGGACACAGGAACAAGGGGGCUCUGCAGCCACCUGGGAAGGGCUGGGCUGAGCAAACACGGUCUGACAAAAGCCAGAAGGAUGCCUUUUGUCUGCUUGACCGUGUCUGGAGGUGCCCUGGCCCCGGGUGAGAGUGAACAGUUAAAUCAACUGAACAAGGUGGUUGGAGCCUGCCCCUGGUCAGCCAGUUCCAGUCAGAUCCCAAAUGAUUUGAGCUCCUUUUGGCGGAGACCCUGUGUUUCAGAAGAAGGUGGUCCAAGUUUGAGGAAAAAAUAUGAUGGGGUUUUUCAUAACAUGCAUUUCCUGUCUGUAACUUAUGUGACUAUAUACAACAUUUUCCUGGCCAUCUGUGUAGCAAUCAAUUUACAUUUUUUUUCCUUCUCAGGGCUACUGAGUUUAGAAGCAAAUGCAUUUUAGUUUAUAGUUUAAUUUUUGAGCUGGCUUAAUUUGGGGCAAAAUUACUUUUAAUCAACUACAUGGGGAUGUGUAUCUAGAUUAGUGCAAAUGCACAGCAUUACCUAAAAAUUUGGUUCGUUUUUAUUUGUGAUCAUUUUGAAAGCAUCAAAAAAUAAACAUUGCUGUUCUUUUUUGCUACACCUAUCUCCAGUUUAUUAUGUAGAAAAUCCGCACUCUUCAGAAAAGGAGACAGGAAAAAUUACCCACGUUGCAUUGUUAGCAGUUGCUUUGGACAUCGUGACAUAUCUCUCGGCUGUGAUGGCGUGUAGAAUUAUUUUUAUUUUGGUACCCACUAGUGAUAACCUGGCAUUUCUAAUUUUAUCUUCAUGCUUUCCUAUUUGACAAUGCGAUGACACCUUUUCCUACACUGUCAUGAACUCCUUACAAUCACCACUUUACUGCCGUCAGAGAGUUUAUCAAAUGAAUGUACUAUUAACUUCCUCUGCCUCUGUUGGUUUGAGAGUGCUCACAAUUUUGCUUCCCUAAGUGGCCCUGCCCAAAAAAAAAAUCAACCCUGUUUGUAGAACAUUGCUUUUAUUUAAAAUUGCUUUUUAAAGAGAGUUGGUUGGCCUUCCAUGUACACUGGUCCCACAUCUGCAUUCAAACAACUUUGUAUAGAAAAUGUUUUUUUCACAACUGGUUCUUAGGGCCAGGGAGAUGGCUUGCUACUCUCAAAGAGGACCAGAGUUUGGUUCCCAGCAUGGCAUCAGUUGGCUUACAACGGCCUGUAAUUCUAGCUCCAGAGGAGUUGACAUCCUUCCUUUUCUGGCCUCCAAGGG